UUAUAGUAUUAUGUAGGUACUGGAUCCAACUAUAUGAUCCAGUAGCUAGAUCAAUGUGACAUUGUUUUUAUUGACAUGACAUGACUGUGAUAUUGACAAAUUAUCUUUGUGAGUGGGGAAGUAGAUUAUUAGAACCUAUUUCAGUAAAUGUAUAACUAAUUUAAUAUAUUUAUUGUUUUUUUAUAUUUUAUUUCAAUACGUACAUUUGGUUGGCUUAAUAAAUUGUAUUUAUUGUGAAGAUAACACAUAUUUGUAAUACUAAUUUAAGUAAGGUUAUGUGAGGGUAUAUUUCCAAACUUUCAGUUGUAAAAAUGAUGAAGUUUGUAGCUCUACUUGGUAUUCGAAGAAUCCCGGACUGUCGUUUUGCUUCUACCCGUAUAACAGCAGAUGGGAAAGAAGUACCUAAACAAAAAUAUUUUGAGAACAGAAUAACAUUAAUUGGUAUUGAUAAUUCAGUUAGUAUUACAGAUCUUAAAAAUGCUCAAAAUAUGUCACUCAGACGAGAAUUAAAAUUGAUCAAAAUUCAAGAUGUAGAUUCAAAAACUAGGAGACCUGUUUAUAAAUUAAUGACUAAUGCUGAAUAUCAUUCUGAAGAAUUAGAAAAACGUAAAGAAAAACAGGAAGCACGUCAGAAAAAUACCCUCAAAGCAGCAAAACUUCUAAACUUAUCUACUAAGAUUGGUGAUCAUGACCUUAUGACUGGUGUCAAGAAAAUGAUGAAACUAUUAGAGAAACAGCAUGAAGUUAAAGUUGUCAUAGUAGGUGAAGGUGAAACAAUGUCACAAAAAUCGGAAAGAAUAUACUCAAUUAUUGAAGAAAAAUUAAAAUCUUUUGGCAAAGUUGUCCAAAAGAGACAUAAAGGAAACAGUUUGAGGUUCCAGUUGCUUCCAACAAAGCACAGUAAUACAGACGAAGUAAAGGACUCCACUUCCAGUCAUAAUGAAGGUGACAAAGGGCCACUAUGACUAGCAGUGGUAAUAGUAGUGAUAUUAUUGACUAAAUAUGUAGUUUUAAAGCGUUAUUAUUUUUCUAAAAAGAUAAUUAAAAACAAUAGUACUCAAAAUGAAUUGAUGUCAAGACAGUCACCACAUCUGAUGUGGAUAUAUAAAUAUUAUACUAAUAAAGAUGAAUGAUAUUUAGUGUGUUGUCUUACGCAUUAAAUUCAUACAGCUUACAUAAAAUAUAGGUAGUUAUUUCUUCAGAUUUUUUAAAUGAGUUUUGUCAACUUUUAAACAUUUCACCAUAAAUGGUCCGACCAGAACUGUAAAUAAAAUGAUGUUCAUGGAUAUUUAUUUUUGAUUAUAUUUAAAUGUAAAUAUUUUGGUAAGUAGGUUUAAUUCAGUUUAAUAGUAUAUUUAAUCAGAAUAAUGUUUCAUACAAGACACAAUACAAUUUUGUUUGUUUGAUCAUAAUGUGAAGUUUAAAAAACCCACAGAUAGGCUUAUGCCUAUGAACAUACAGUUUUAUGACAAAUUUUGGUCUGCUUGUGUAUCAUACACAAGCAGACCAAAAUUUGUCAUCAACUUUGUUUAUUAUGAAAUAAGAAAUAAAUAUUUUACAUAAUA